AUGUCGAGCUUUUACGACCUAGCACCAUUAAACAAAAAGGGAGAACCUUUCUCAUUCAGUCAGUUGAAGGGGAAGGUCGUUUUGAUUGUGAAUGUAGCCUCAGAAUGUGGGUUUACUCCUCAAUACAAAGAGUUGGAGGAACUUUAUAAGAAGCACAAGGAAGCGGGACUUGAAAUUAUUGGAUUCCCUUGCAACCAAUUUGGGCAUCAAGAACAAGGAACAGAUGAGGAGAUCGGUCAGUUCUGUAAAUUGAACUAUGGAGUAACUUUCCCAAUUUUGAAGAAAAUUAAUGUCAAUGGGGCAGAGGCCGACCCUGUGUACGAGUAUUUGAAGUCCCAGAAGUCAGGUAUUAUGGGUUUCAAGGGUAUUAAGUGGAAUUUUGAAAAGUUUUUGGUAGACAGGAACGGUAAGGUCCACGAUAGAUACUCCUCAUUGACCAAGCCUCACUCUAUUGAAAAUACUAUCGUUUCCUUAUUGAAUGAGAAGGCCGCUUUAUAA